GUCUGGCGGUCAGGACGGUCCCCAUCUUCUAAACAGAUUUUCAGAGGUUGUCGGAAGCUCAGAGGUCCCAGGAGAGGUUAUAAAUAUUACUGAAGGGACUGAUGACGGAGGAGUUGUUGGGCCUGGACCUAUCCUGCACAAAUACAAAGAUACCGCAGAUCUGAGAAUAUUAGUAUGCGGUGGAGAUGGAACUGUUGGUUGGGUUCUUUCGGAGUUAGAGCAAAUUCAGUUCAAGUAUCGACCUCCACCAUUAGCUAUCAUUCCGAUGGGAACUGGAAAUGACCUCUCCAGAUCAUUCUACUGGGGAGGAAGGUAUAAAGAUAAACCUGUUAGAAAGGUUCUCUAUGACGUAACCGAGGCUGAGGUUGUUGAAUUAGAUCGCUGGAAACUUGAUUUUCAAGGAAAUGAAGGAGAGAAGCACGAUCGAGCUAUUGACCAGAUUCCUAAGCAGAACUGUGUCUUCAACAACUACUUUUCCUUAGGUAUAGACGCGCACAUAGCUCUCCAGUUCCAUAAUGCUAGAAACGCCAACCAGGAUAAGUUUACCUCAAGAACUAGAAACCUUCUCUUCUACGGGUUGGAGGGUGGAAAGGAUUUGCUCAUUCAAAAAUGGAAAUAUUUAAUGGAACACGUAACUGUCCGAUGUACCUUACAAGACGGAAGGAAAGUUGAUAUAACCAAAAAGCUCAAAGAUUACGGUGCUCAUUCUAUACUCUUUUUAAAUAUUAAGAACUAUUCUGGAGGCACUAGGCCCUGGAAACAAAAGGCUGGUUACAAUGCUUCUCCUAAUGAUGGACUUAUUGAAGUGAUUGCUCUUGACAAUAUUGACCUUGCCCUCUUGCAUAUCGGUGGUUCUGGUGUAUUCGUCUGCCAAGCAAGUGAAGUAGAGCUGAGUACCACAAGGGCAGUUCCAAUGCAGGUGGAUGGAGAACCAAUGCUGGUAAACCCGUGUUGUAUCCGAGUAAAUCUGCACAACAAGGUUCAAAUUCUGGACAAAAAUAAAUCUUCAACCUAUCCAUAUAGAGACCCGGAAAUAGACGAGUGGGCCGCAAGAAAGAUACAGUCUAGUUUUAAACAAUACCGUAGACAAAAAACAGGACUUUCACCUCGAGAGCCUAGUCCUGCACCGGGGGUCACGUGAUAUAUGGCUUCAGCUUUGGUCAAGAUAAACACGGAUAUUAUUCAGUUAUAAUCGAAUACUUCUGAUUUAACUAUAUGAGGAUGUUUUACGCUAAUACUACAUUUAACCACAGAAAGAAGAUGCAACAAUUUUAAGUAUUUUUCCAUUAGCAUUUUAAUUACAUAACAUUGAAAACUCAUUGAAAUAAUAAGGGUCAGAACUUGUUAAAUUUAAUUUAUUUUAGGCCGGGAAAGGGGGGGGGCGAUAUAAAACUUUUUUACGUUAGAUUUUGCAUAAGCUGGCAGUUUUUUUUCCCUAACAAAUCACAUAAAAAAAAGAGUUUGAAGAAAAUUUUGUAUCAGAGGUCAUUGAACUCGAUCUUUAACCUCGAAUACCCCGAGAAAAGAUUACGAUGCUGUAGCCAUUUAAGAAUUGACAAGACUAAUAUUCUAAAUAAUUACAUUUAAAUUAGGUGUUUUUGUUUUUAUGAGAGCUGAUUUAUUCAUUCAUUCAUAUUUUUAUUCAAGUAGAAGUAGAAGUAGUAAGCACGAGAUAAUACAAAUAAAAAUCACCAUUUACUAUGUGAGGGAGUAUAAGGAAAAGGGAGGGUACUCAGCGGUAGGGUUGGAACACAGGGUAACAUAUGUUAUUAAAAUUAUAUUUAUGAACUUCAGGGUGAAGAAGAUAAUAAUGACAAAGUUUAUCCACAUGAUACACAGAUAUAACUUGCAUAACUAUCUGAAAAGAUCUUAGCGACUUUUUUAACGAUUUUGCAGAUUUAGUUUCUUCAAGCUCUAAUUCUAGUUCUGAUACGAGAAUCCUCCAGCAUAAAGAUUUAAAAUUUAAGAAUAAGAAAAUAAUGCCAAUGCAAAGUUGUCAACCUUAUUAAUCCAAAUUUCAAAAAAAGGUCCACAAAUAAGUAAAAACAUUACCGCUGAAAUCUAUAUCUGAUACACUAUGGCGUAGUUAUUGUAACACUAUACUUUUAAUAUCCGUGACAGACGACA